CCAGCGCGGCGGCGGCGGCGGCGGCGGCGGCAACAUGGAGGGCGAGAGCACGUCGGCGGUGCUCUCUGGUUUUGUGCUCGGCGCUCUCGCCUUCCAGCACCUCAACACCGACUCGGACACGGAAGGUUUUCUCCUUGGGGAGGUGAAAGGUGAAGCUAAGAACAGCAUAACUGAUUCCCAAAUGGAUGAUGUUGAAGUUAUUUAUACAAUUGAUGUUCAGAAAUACAUUCCAUGCUAUCAGCUCUUUAGCUUUUACAAUUCUUCUGGUGAAGUCAAUGAGCAAGCGCUGAAGAAAAUAUUAUCAAGUGUCAAAAAGGAUGUAGUUGGUUGGUACAAAUUCCGACGUCAUUCAGAUCAGGUCAUGACAUUUAGAGAGAGGCUCCUUCACAGAAAUUUACAGAAGCAUCUUUCAAGCCAGGAACUUGUUUUUCUGUUAUUAACACCAAGUAUAAUAACAGAAAGCUGCUCUACUCAUCGGCUGGAGCAUGCCUUGUAUAAACCUCAGAAAGGACUUUUUCAUAGAAUACCUUUAGUGGUGGCCAAUCUGGGCAUGUCUGAACAACUGGGUUAUAAAACUGUAUCUGGUUCCUGUAUGUCUGCUGGUUUUAGUCGAGCAGUAAAAACACACAGCUCUGAAUUUUUUAAAGAAGAUGGAUCUUUAAAGGAGGUACAUAAGAUAAAUGAAAUGUAUGCUUCUUUACAAGAAGAAUUAAAGAGUAUAUGCAAAAAAGUGGAACACAGUGAGAGAGCAGUAGAGAAACUGCUAAAGGAUGUAAACAGAUUAAAACAGGAAAUUAAAAAAAGAAAACAAGCACAGAUUCAAGCAGCACGAGAGAAGAAUGUACAAAAAGACCCUCAGGAGAACGUUUUUCUUUGUCAAGCUUUACGGACCAUUUUUCCAGAUUGUGAAUUUCUUCAUUCAUGUGUUGUUUCUUUGAAAAAUAGGCAUAUUUCUAAAAGUACCUGUAAUACCACCCACCAUGUCAGCGUGGAUGGCCUGACCCUACUGGUGGAGUACACUGACAGUCCGGAAGCUAGUCCAGCUGGUAGCACACUGCAGACGAGUAAGCGCAAGGCUUCCGAUGCAGAUGACGGAGGGCGGUUCAAGAAGUCACGGCUGUUAGAGCUACAGAACAUACCAUCUAAGGCAGAUACUGACAGCAGCGACCAGGAAAAGGCAUCCACAAUGAGUAGCCCAGAAACAGAUGAAGAGCUUGAGAAAAGGAAGGGCUCUGGUGAAUAUCCACAGUCUCCGACCUUUUGACUCCGUUAGGCCCAAAGGAGAUGCGUGGUCAGCUGAAGGAUGAAGCCAGGCUCUUCUCUUGUUUUUACUGUGUUCAGCUCUGUGCAGUAACAAACGGGUGCAUCAGUUAAUCCGGAGUUUGAGUACAGAACGAGCCUGGUCAUGCAGUGUAUUUGGGAUCAGCAGUUGGUCAAUUAGGUGAAGAGGCCAGUGAAGCAUGGCUCAAAUGAGAGCAUUUACAUACACUCACUGCUUAUGGUGUCUGUCACAGAGACUCCAUUUUCACAUAGAGCAGAGUGUACAUUCAUUUGUCAGACUUUUGUUGUAGACUAGGGACUUUUCUAAAAAUGUCUUGGAAUCCCUUUGUUCCAUUACUUAACCUUUAUAAGACUGCUUUAGUUUCCUUAAAGAAAUCUGCAAAUUAACCUAAGUACAAAAUGCUACUUAGUUUUUUUCAUCUCCCAUUACCAAUCUCAUUUAAAUAUCCAAACUAUACCUAAUUUGGCAACUAAUUUUUUUUAAGCUAGUUAUCUUUACCAAGUCUUCUCAAAAUAUUUACUUAAUAUUCAUUAUAAUGGUAAUUUUCUUCUUAAUGCUCGUAUUCCUCUAUACAAAAAUACAGCUGACACACAUCUGGGAGUAGCCAACUUGGCAAUGCAGAACGCAACAGGUUAAGAAAGUCACGUCACGGGCUCCCAUGUGACUUUUAAGGAUGUAAAGCUCCCAUUUCAUCCAGUUUGAUGGCUAAUAAGUGGAGGUUGGUUAAGAGA